AUGAGCGUCACAAGGUCACCUACAAAAGCGGCCGGCGCACCAAGUCUUACAAGUUCUCAACCAGACUUAUCAAAGUGUGAGCUACCCGUAAUCGAUAACUUUGUAUUUACUCGAAAACGUAAACAACCUGAUGCCGACGUUGAGGUCAAGGAAGCAAUAGCCGAACUACGUAAGGACAUGAUGAGUUUCCUGUAUGAAUUCAAAAGUUCACAAAAAGCUGAAUUUCAGCAGGUGAGGUCGGAUGUAACGGAUGUCAAAAACCAAUUGGAAUCGAUAAAGGUUGCAAAUAAUGAUAUUAUUAGAGAUCAUAAUCAGUUUCGAAAAGACCUGUCAUCUCUGACCGAUUCCCUGGACUUCCAGAGUAAAGAACAAGAUGAUUUGAAGUUCCGUAUGAAUAUAAUUACUACGAAAACCGACAAAAUAACUAGUUUGGAGUCUGAGCUCACUAUCGUUAAGCGACAAUUAACUACCCUCCAAAUGGAACAGAAUAUUCGGGAACAGCGCGAGCGCGAAGUCUUAUCUUGUAGUGAGAGAGAGAUGAGAUAUGCUUGGGCUCAAAUAGACCUGUCCUUGACCGGAGUAAUACCACUGGGAAGGGGGGGGGGGAAACCAACUGCCCCUAAUUUGGUAGGAGGCUCAAAGGGUGUCAUGAAUGAAUGUCUAAUGGUGGACUAUUAA